CGGGAGGAGGAGCUGCGCCCCGGGGGCUGAGCUCCCUGAUGUCUGGGCAGGUCUACCAGCCAGGGCCGCGGUCUCAUGUGAAGAGGGAGGAGGCGCAGAACAUACACACAGUUUGUUUUCUCAAGCGACCUUGUGAUUCUUAUAUACUUGUUUCUUAAAGUGUACACUUUCAAACAGCCAUCGAACAGUAAAGAUGGGCAACCGGGUCGCCCGUGAGGACUACGAAUGGGUGUAUACGGACCAGCCCCAUGCCGACAGGAGGAAAGCGAUCCUGGCUAAAUAUCCAGAAAUCAAGUCGUUGAUGGGUCCUGACCCGAGGCUGAAAUGGAUUGUGUGCAUGAUGGUGGUGAUACAGUUUUUAGCUUUCUACCUGGUCAAAGACCUGGACUGGAAAUGGGUUUUGUUUUGGACAUAUGCCUUUGGCAGCUGUAUCAAUCAUUCAAUGACCCUUGCUAUUCAUGAAAUCUCCCACAACACGGCCUUUGGAAACAACAAGGCUACGUGGAAUCGCUACUUUGCCAUGUUUGCCAACCUGCCCAUCGGCCUGCCCUACUCUGCCUCCUUCAAACGCUAUCAUCUGGACCAUCAUCGCUACCUUGGUGGAGACGGUGUAGAUGUAGACAUCCCUACUGAGUUUGAAGGCUGGUUCUUCUGCACACGCUUCCGCAAGUUCAUCUGGAUUAUUCUGCAGCCACUUUUCUAUGCCGUCCGGCCUCUCUGCAUCAACCCCAAACCCAUCACUCAGCUGGAAGUGACCAACCUGGCAAUCCAGCUCACCUUUAACAUCCUGCUCUACUGGGUGUGGGGGGCCAAGCCUGUGGUCUACAUGAUGGCUGGUUCCUUGUUGGGGAUGGGGUUGCACCCCAUCUCCGGUCACUUCAUUGCUGAGCACUACAUGUUCCUCAAGGGCCAUGAGACCUACUCCUACUAUGGAUCCCUCAACCUGCUCACCUUCAACGUGGGCUACCACAAUGAGCACCAUGACUUUCCCAGCAUCCCAGGAUGCAGACUGCCUAUGGUGAAGAAAAUAGCAGCUGAGUAUUAUGACGACCUGCCUCAGUACACAUCAUGGGUGAAGGUCCUGUACGACUUCAUCAUGGACGACGCAUUGAGCCCGUACUCUCGAGUCAAGAGGAAGCUGAAGGGUGACGUCAAACAGGAGUAACUUCCCUGAAAGCAGCAGUUUCCACCAUGACACCAGCACAGCUCACCGUCCUAUUAACUUAACAGCUUCUGCGGAUUAAUACAUUCAACAUGUGAAAUCAUGGUGGCUAUUGUAUACAUGAGUCUUGGCGUGUGUGUUUGCUCCAGAGGAAUGGGCAAUGGUUUCAGGCAUUUGUUAUCCAGGUAAGAAAAAAACCAAGAGAAGUGGUGUGAGAUUAAAAAUGUAAAAGGGGGGACUGACUGCACAAAGACUUCACCUUAAAAUAGACUUAUUUAAUCUUAUUAACCGUACAUAUAUAAGGGCUAGGCAAUUAACCAAAAAUGUAUUGAAACCGAAAUUUGUCUCAUUAGUGAAACAGUAGGAAAAAGUUUGUCAAAGGUGUAACUGGAUCCUAAAACCUCAUUACUCACUGCAUGCCAGUGAGUAACCACUAGUCAGCAUUUGCAGUGGACGUAGGCUGGCCGAACUUAGAAGUCUUUGUGCACCCAGCCCCUGAACAUAAAGAUUGACAAACAGUCAAUGAUAAACUCACACAUUAUUGUACCAUUUACAUACAAGGUGACAAACCACUCCCAAUGGUUUCUACGUUCAACGUUGUGCAACAAACAUGAAUUGUAUAAAAUCAAAUGACCCAGGAUACCUUCUUCCUAUUUUGGACCAAAGUUGAACUACCCCCCUUUUGAAUUGAUCUGUCACAGAAUUCUGCUGUUUUAUUUCUUGUUUGUGUUUUGAGCCCCCCCACCCCCCAAUUUCCCUACUUUUUAACCUGCAACAUUUUAAUGCACCACAACAUGAUAUAACCUGUCAUUCGUCCAUGCAACUUGUGAAUGAAACGGUCAGGAGAAGAGACAGUUUGAGGUUGUAUUUGCAUAUGAGAUGACAGUGUGUUAUCAUUAGUGCCUCAGAGCUUUGUUUGUCUUAAUUUCCAUUUUAUGAAUUAAUUCAUGUUGAUGAAAAUUUGUAUGCCAAGAAGUAUUUAAUGUUAAAAUUGCUGGGCUUUAUCUCUUUUUUCCCACGUCAUCCUGUUUUCUUAUGAGGAGGUUCAGGGCACCUGAAGUCAUGUCCUCUGUGUGUCAUGAAGAGGAACUAGAGGUUUUUGGAAGAUUCAGCAAACAGCUGCUUAUCAGUGGUUCACCCCCUCCAAACUGUCUGUCCUCCAAGUUAACCUCUGAGCGCUUUAGAAAAGCACCAAUUGGUGUCAUGUAGCUGCACUUCACAGUAAAUAUAAAAUUUCUGUCCACAUUUAUACACAAUAUAAUCCUUUUUAAAGAUAUUCAUUGAAUUUCAAAACUGAAUUGAACAAAAGGUCACCUAAUAAAAUACUCCAAGUAA